AUGGCGCCCAAAAAGCCCUCUACCACGGCGGAAGUCGCUCUCGUACCGUUGAAGAACUGUCUCGUGAACCUACCGCCGUCGCUAGUUGCCUUGCUGGUCAAUGCCAACACGAUUCCUCAAAAUGUGAUCAUUGAAUUGCAGUACAAGUCCACCUCCGGAAAGGCCAAUGGGGCGCCCCCGCAGCGAUCAUGCUUCUUGGGCUGGACGGGCAUGCCGAGCAAGCGCAAGCCCGCGCCCGUCGUCGGCCGAGAUGGCAUCAGCAGUGGCUACUCCAGGGAGCAAGAGGCCUCCAGUGUGGAAUUAGAUACUACGUUCGGAAGGCUUCUUGGUCUCACCGAAGGGCAGAAGGUUGGACUACUCGUACAUCUUGACCCGCCUAUCGCGCAUACAAUCAAUAUUGAACCAUUGACCCCUGAGGAUUGGGAAAUCAUCGAGCUUCAUGCCACAUUCCUGGAACUUAAUCUCCUUUCGCAGAUCCGUGCGCUUCCAAAUCCUACAUACAAUACAACAGAAGGCGAGCAUAUGCAUCCGCUCGCUCUGCACCUUUCCCCGACAUCUACCGCGAACAUCGUCGUUACCUCGCUUACACCUUCCCCACCAAAUACAUCCCCGUUCGCGAAAAUCUCGCCCGAUGCAGAGGUCAUCGUGGCACCGAAGACCCGUGCGAAGACCGCGAAGUCGCCCCGGAGUACUGCAGGGAGCAGCAGGAAGAGCAAUGGGGGCCGAAGUUCGGGGAGUACAGUUCGCCCGAAGAGCCGGUCUGACUCGAGGGGCGCUCUCUACUUGAGAGGCGUGGAUCGCCUAGUGGCUGAUCAAUCGUUUGAUCCAGAGAUCGAAGAGGAUGAAAAUGACGGUCUACGUGUUUGGGUUGACCCGGAAUUGUUGGCAUCCAACGAACUCCGGGGCGCGACCUGGGCGUGCGUAUCAAUUGUGCAGCCCGCUGGCCUCAAGCCUCCAGUGGAUCCCCAACAGCAACUUGCUCAGCAGGAGCAAAAAUCCAGUGAGGCCGGAUCUCCGACCAACAAGCUCGUAGCGAAGCUGCUGCCGUGGGAGGAAGCCCCGGACAGUCGGCAUGCGGCGAUGUCCACUCUGCUGUGCACGGCCCUUGGCGCCGAACAUAUAGUGGGGGGAAUCGUGCGGGUGGAGGCCGCACCACCCCAACUACAUCGGUCCGCGGUCAAGACACUCAAAGUGUAUCCGUUUACGGGCGAUGCGUCCAAGAAAAAGGAUGGUUUGAAAUUCGGAGCUGAUACCGCGGCCUCUCGGGAUGCCUUGGCCGAGCGCCUCAAGGUUAUCUAUGGCAGCACUGGUUCCGAUAUUGGUCUUUUCGCCGGCCCAUUGACCGAUGGAAUGAUUCUACCAAAGGUUGAGAGCCAUCCGUCGGUUUCUGCCUUUGAUGGCGCUAUUAUUCGAUUUGACCCUCCCCUGAAGGGUAGCCCCGAUGAGUCUAAGCCGAUGUUUGGGUGGCUUCUGGGAUCUGAAGCGAAACUCAACUUUGAAGUGCAAGCCGAAAUCCCGAAGCCGUCUGAUUCGAACUCCUCUGCUCUACCAAGCGAUGAUCCUCUGCCGAAUAUCGUUCCUCAGAUGGUUGGAAUUGAUUCGAUCAUCUCUCAAUCGCUCACCAACUUAACCAAAUCUUCAUCGGUCUUGUUGACUGGUGGCCUUGGAGCUGGAAAGACAGCACUCGCUCAACUCCUGGGUCAUCGCCUACGGAAAGAACAUCUCUUCAACGUCAAGUACUUCUCUUGCCGCAAACUCGUCACAGAUGAGACUCGGAUCUCCAACAUCAAAGAAGUCUUGAACCGCCUGUUCAUGUCUGCUUCUUGGUGUUCCCGUCUCGGCGGUCAAGCUGUAGUAAUUCUUGACGACCUUGAUAAGCUCUGCCCUGCGGAGACGGAACUGCAAGUUGGUGGAGACAAUGGUCGCAGUCGCCAAAACAGUGAAGUCAUUUGCUCCAUGGUUCGAGAGUACUGUUCCAUGAACUCGUCCGUCGUGCUGCUGGCCACCGCUCAAGCUAAAGAGUCUUUGAACAAUGUUAUCAUUGGCGGGCAUGUCGCCCGUGAGAUCAUCAACUUGCGGGCCCCAGACAAGGAGGGACGACGAAAGGUUUUGGAGAAGCUUACUAGCCAAGACAGAGCCACCGAGCAACUCAAUGGCCACAUUCGACCGCAGAGCUCUUCUACUCAAAACACACAAGAUUCAUGGCUCGACCCUUCAAAUCCUGGCAGCCGGCCAAGCUCUUCUGGCGGUGAUGGAUUUGUGUUGAGUCGGGACGUGGACUUCCUCGAGCUGGCUGGAAAGACCGAUGGAUACAUGCCCGGCGAUCUUGUGCUGCUGGUUGCUCGCGCGCGCAACGAAGCACUUAUUCGCUCUGUUCAAGAUUUGUCGGCUGAGUCUAAGAUGAUCAACUUUGGAUUCGAGGACUUUGAGAGUGCCCUGAAGGGCUUUACUCCAGCAUCCCUCCGCAAUGUCACCCUCACUUCGUCUACGACCACAUUUUCUGCUAUCGGUGGUCUCUUCGAGACUCGCCAGACCCUGCUUGAGACCUUGCAGUAUCCGACCAAGUAUGCACCGAUUUUCGCACAGUGCCCGCUGCGACUGCGGUCUGGUCUGCUCCUGUACGGUUUCCCCGGUUGUGGCAAGACAAUGUUGGCCAGCGCCGUGGCAGGUGAAUGCGGCUUGAACUUCAUCAGUGUCAAGGGUCCUGAGAUUCUGAAUAAGUAUAUUGGUGCCAGUGAAAAGAGCGUUCGCGAUCUUUUCGAGCGAGCGCAGGCGGCCCGCCCUUGUAUUCUCUUUUUCGACGAAUUCGACAGUAUCGCGCCGAAGCGUGGCCACGACUCCACGGGUGUCACUGAUCGUGUGGUCAACCAGCUUCUAACACAGAUGGAUGGUGCCGAGGGUCUCUCGGGUGUGUAUGUUCUUGCUGCAACAUCUCGUCCUGACUUGAUUGAUCCGGCUCUGUUGCGUCCUGGUCGUCUUGACAAGUCCCUGCUUUGUGACAUGCCUUCCCACGCAGACCGCGUCGACAUCGUCAAGGCAGUAAGUGAGAAGCUGAAGAUGAACGACGAGGUUGCGUCUCGUCUGAGUGAGAUUGCCGAUCAGACAGAGGGCUUCUCUGGCGCUGAUCUUCAGGCGGUUGUGUACAAUGCUCAUUUAGAGGCAGUGCACGACGCGCUGGGCGACCACACUACCGGAAACGAAAAGCCUGGCUCCAAAUCCAGCGCCACGAAGAACUCCGCCAGUGCCUCUACUAGAUCCUUCAUCCAAUUCCUCUACUCGUCCUCGGAGGAAGCAUCUGGCUCAGUUUCGAUGCCACCUCCAGCCGUGGUCGCAGCAAAGCUCGAAGCUAUCAAGAACUCUCGCCGUCGUCAACGCCAGCUCGAGAACGGCACAGCCAAUACCGGCUCUGGUGCUACCGCUGCCCCGGCUACCAACGGUGCUGAUACAUCUGCCGACGAGCUGCGAGAUGAGAUUAUCGUCCGGUGGGAGCAUGUUGAGCGUGCUCUCGCUACCACGCGUUCUUCCCUCAGCCCGGCCGAGCGCCGACGCUUGAAUGGCAUCUACCGAGAGUUUGUUGCAGGCCGGAAUGGCGAGAUGCCCAACGGAGAACCCUCAAAUGAGAUUGGUGGCCGGUCGAGUCUGAUGUGA